UUCACAUGUGGAGAGUGGAAGGUCUGGAACUGCACGAUAAUAUAAAUAAAGUUACUGGACAUAAUAACUGCAUUUAUUUUUCUGUCUAUUGCGCAGGUUUUGCGGAUUUCAUUCUUCAAUAAUUCGUACUUUCAAGCUGGAUCCGCUAUAUAAAUAAGUGAGACCUAAUGAGCGCGCUUCUUGCGCUUACAUUAAAACGUAGCCUUUACAACCUGCAUCGACGGGAUAGGAGCUUAUUCAUCCAAACAUUAGUAACAGACAAACUACAAUUAACAUUAGGCUGUUAUUUUCUUAGAAGAAGCAACAAACGAACUGCAAGGUGGUGCUUAUUCAUUCCCGGCUCCAUAAUGGACUUGCAAGUUAUAUUCGAAGAGAUGACUCGGCCAAUGCCAAGGAGUAUCGGCCUGCUGUUGGCGUCUUUGACUUUUCUCUUUGCCAUGCUCCUGUCGCGCAGGAUCAGGCGGAGCUGGGAAGUACACAGCCCGCCUGGACCGUUCGCUUGGCCGGUCAUUGGGAACGCAGUAGAGCUUGGCAACACUCCUCACCUCUAUUUCUCUCGCAUGUCACGGAAAUAUGGGGAUGUCUUUCAAAUCAAACUCGGCUGCCGGGACGUUGUGGUACUGAAUGGCGACGCAAUCAGGCAGGCGCUCAUCAAAAAGGGAUUUGAUUUCGCAGGCAGACCUGACUUUGCCUCGUUUCAAUAUGUUUCCAAUGGCGAUGGCAUUGCUUUUGGUACAUUUAGCGAAUGGUGGAAAGUGCAUCGAAAAGUGGCCCAAUCUACUGUUCGGAUGUUUUCUACCGGCAACAUGCACACCAAAAAGGCAUUCGAAAACCAUGUUGUCUGCGAAGUAAGGGAGCUGCUCCAUAUUUUCCUGGUAAAAACUAAAGAGCACCAAUAUUUCCAGCCGAUGACAUACUUGGUGGUAUCAACCGCUAACGUAAUGACCGCGGUGUGCUUUGGAAAGAGGUAUUCAUACGACGACGAAGAGUUUGCGCAAGUGGUGGGACGAAACUAUCAAUUCACCCAAACGGUGGGAGCUGGAAGCAUCGUGGAUGUUAUGCCUUGGCUCCAGUAUUUCCCCAACCCAAUAAAAAACAUAUUUGAAAACUUUAAAGAGCUCAACCGGGAGUUCAGUAAAUUUAUCCUUAAUAAAGUUGUCGAGCAUCGAAAGACCAUUCAGUCAAGCACCAUCCGGGACAUGACAGAUGCUUUCAUCAUGGCAUUGGAUCAUCCCAAGGACAGCUCACCAAGGGUCUCACCAGGCAAAGAUUAUGUGCCACCCACUAUCGGUGAUAUUUUUGGAGCAAGCCAAGACACACUAUCUACUGCACUUCAGUGGAUAAUGCUGAUACUUGUGAGGUUUCCUCAUAUUCAGCUGCGUCUCCAGGAGGAAGUAGACAAAGUGGUCGACCGGAGCCAUCUGCCCAUCAUCGAGGACCAGUCCCAGUUGCCUUACGUGAUGGCCUUCAUCUACGAAAUGAUGCGUUUUACCAGCUUCGUGCCGCUCACCAUCCCUCACAGCACCAUCACCGACACCACCAUCAUGGGCUACACCAUCCCCAAGGACACAGUGAUCUUCAUCAACCAGUGGUCCAGCAACCACGACCCCACCAAGUGGACACACCCGGAGACCUUUGACCCUCUGCGCUUCCUGGAUCAGGACGGCUCACUGGACAAAGACCUGGCCAGCAGCGUGCUCAUAUUCUCCUUGGGAAAGCGACGGUGCAUCGGAGAGGAACUGUCAAAGAUGCAGCUGUUCCUAUUUACAGCAUUGCUGGUGCACCAGGCCCACUUUAGUCCCGACCCGGACAAGCCGCCCACCAUUGACUACACCUACGGACUAACCCUGAAGCCCAAUAACUUCUCCAUAGCAGUCAGUCUACGGGACAGCAUGGAAGUCCUGGAGAAGGCUAGUCAAAAGCCCCUCUAUGGGGGGACUCAGGAGGACACAGUUAACUCCAGAUCAGACUGAGAAUAGAGUCACUCAAUUAAGCUUGAAAGAAAAAAACACUGAAGAAGAUUAAUGAGCUGCAGUUUAUCCUCAUGUGCCAUCAGGUAUCAGCUACUAUAUAGUUAUUAUAAACUUAUUUAUGAUCUGAAUGUAACAUAUGUCACCAGAGACGGACCUGGACGUUCUGCUGCCCUAAGCAAGACAAAAAUCUGCCGCCCCUUGCUAUCCCUGCUAAACUAUGUACAGCAGUAGUCGGCAAUAGGUUAUGCCUUGGGCAAAAAAAAAAUGUCUCACCUGAAAGUCGGAGGAACAGAACAUAAUAGCAGCCCAAUUCAUAGGGCUACACUACAAAUUAAAUAAAUGUUUUAACACAUCUAGUUAGUAGGCAAUAUAUUGAGUUCAAUGUCAUUAACAUAGCCUAAUAUGAUUUCAUUGAUACAAUCACCAAUGUCUCUAUUAAAUUCGUUUGUCAUAUUUCUGUAUGCUUUGAUUGGGGAAAAACAUAUUGCAAUCAAAAUAAAAUGUUGGGCUGUAAAAAGAGGAUAGUGAAAAUAUAAGUUUCAGGGAAGAAUGGACAGAGAAAUAGGCUAUCUUACCUUACUUAUUCUUAAUGUCAAACAGCUGUUUGCAAAUAAUUAAAUCUUAGACAUACUUAUGAACCUAAGCAUGGCACUUUCAAAAGUUACCUUUCCAAGCAGCUCUACCUACGCAGAAAAAUAUAAGCUUCAACUGCUGGCUACUCCUCCAUUGCAUAACCCAAGAACAGAAGUGCUUCCCUAAAUGCUGCCUGGGUUUAAACAAACAUAUAUUUUCAGAGAGUGAAAAUGACAAUUAAUAGGGACAGACUUUAGGGACAGAAUAGCAACGUCAAUGUGUUUGUCUCCUUGAAUAUUAUAGGCUGCAGCUCAGCUUCAGAAUGUCAUAGAGAGGAAUCAAUAUAUCCCAAUAUGCAUCGGAGUCAUGUCUUUCGCGGGCAUUUUAAAGCUUGUUUCUACCAUAAGGCAUCACAGAGUUAAGCAUUGUUAUAGAACCCUUUAUAUAAUCUGGAUACUUUUUUAUUCAUUUAUUUCAAAACAUAAAGCAAACAAUAUAUAUCCCUUUUGCCCUUUUCUUUAACAAAUGGUAUGGGAUACCCUCACUCAAUUUGAGCCCAAACACACUAAGCCAUUCCCAGACACGGAGUUAUUUAAGGAGUGCAUGCGUAUUGGAGGAUUUGGCUAUACCGACAUCUAUGCUUAGCAUAAUUGUGUUUGUCAAACAGGUAGGCCUCCCACGUUUUUGAAUAGGACGAAAUAGGCUCCAGUUAUAUAUGUAAUUCUAUGAUUACGGCCAUAAAAAAAUGUUGGUGGGCGCGUGCACAUAUAUGAGGUCCCUUACCCGGUAGAAAGGAAUUUGACUUUAACCCCUGCAUCGGAGAGUUACAAUGUUGCAAUCACUAUGCAGUCAGCUGCCUAUAAGAGAAAACCGAGUUUCUUACUAAUAAUAUGUCACCUCUUAUCACACAUGGCACGACCCCACAAUUGUUACAAUUAGAAUAAAAAUAACACUUUUAUUUCAUUUAUUUUUAAUAUAAUGUAAUAUUCCUGUAGAACUGUAAAAAGAGAGAUCGUUUGAGCUCUUCAUAAAUGCAUGGCGGGCCUCGUUUCGCUGGAGCAGUGUAAAAUAAGUUUUCUGUCGCUGACCCAGCCGUGACAAAUUUGGUUUAUUUACAUAUCGAAUUUGAUUGUCCAACAUCAGUUUCAACAUUUCUUCAUUUUGUGGCCAGCCUAGAAUUGCCUCUGCUGCAUUGCAGUAAGUGAUAUUUUCUCUGGGUAGCUGUCCAUGGUUCUGAAAUCAAAUCAAAGCUACACAGAAUUUCCACAAACUUCAGAAAGUUGCCAUUAUUUGGCUCGUUCAGCCUGCCGGUGGUCCGACGUAGCGCAAUGUUCUGGGUGGCCUAUAUGCGUAUCAAGGCCUCUGCAGCACCUGUAGGGCUUGGGCAUUAAUAGUUUGCUUGAACACCAGACUGAUCUCCAGCUCGUUCCACCUCUGAAAAAUAUCUAGGCGGUCAUGCGACUUCUCAGGCGAGCUGAGGAGGGUGGCACAGAUUCUUCCACUCGUUGGUUCCAUCCCUGACCAGUGUAGUUUUGUACUCGUGUGAGAAAAAAAAACAAGAAAGCUGCAUUGUUUUUGCUUGGAAUAAAAGAGCCAUGGUCUCACCCCUCUCUCCCCGUUCGCCAUUCUCCUAAUAUAUUGGGCCACCGAAAAUAUUCGUUGCCCCUCAUCUCUUUGGAAAUUCCACUCCUUAUCUUGAUGUGGCCCAGCCUGCACUAACAUAUCCCGUAAAUAUGUUUUUUUUGUUGUUGUCUGGGAGUCGGUUUUAGCACCACUGUCAUCCGAGACAUGGCGCGACAAAUCUGAGAUGGGGUCCCACAUAGUUGAGUCUCCGCCGACAUUGUUUGGAGGUGUGGCUAGACUGGUGCGACAAUCUGUUCUUGUCCACCCAGAGAGCUGUCAUCAUCGGUGGAAGUGGAUGGCUCGGACUCCUCCGGCUCGCCCUCAUCUCUGCUAGGACCAGAGAACGGGGGCUCGUCGGUCUCUGUGAAUGUAUGGCCUGUCCUUGGAGGUUUGCAGUGUGGGUGCAAUAAUUGAAUAACAUGGAUUUCUACAUAUAUUUUGCGACGCUCGCGCACGCGACGUGUCCGGUCUGGUCAGCAGUGAGUUUCACACAUCCCCAUAUACUACAUGAACACUAUUUUCAUACAUCUAUAUUUUCUUUGUUUUACGGGAAAUCACGCAAAUAACUAUGGAUCCUAUUUUUUUAAAAUCAAAAUUGCACACGUAUUGGCAUAUAUUUCACUGGAACCUGACAUAACAUAUAGUAGUAGUUUGCAGUGCGGAAAAUGGUCUGUUCUUACACACAGCCAAUUGGCCACUUCAGUAACUAUAUUUUCUGACAUACUGACCGGAGUUGAUUCAGUCUCUUCACUUGCAUCCACCAUCUCAACAAGUACCUUGUGUCCCUUUUAUGUCCCGAAUAUAUCUCUAAAUAAGGUCAAUAUGAUACAUUUUAAUUAGCAUAUUUGGCACUUGCCCCCCAAAAAACAGGAAAUUCAAAUGAGCAGCCAUUUCCUAAAUUUGACAUGCAUUAUGCACUAAAGUUUUACAGCAAACUCAGCUUAUUAUACCUGCUACUGCUAUUGAUAUGCAUACGGUGUAAAACAUUUGAAGUUGAAUAAACUUUUUAAAAAUCAAGGCAACCAGCUGCAACACGAUUAUAAUAUGAUAUUAAACAAAAAACACAUUUUGGUAAUAACUUUUGUAGCAAUAUUAAGAAAAAUAUGUGAUUUGACCAAGGAGAGUUUUUAUUUCCUCAACUGCGCUAUAACAACACUGAUUGGAUGGACCAAGUAUGUGGUCAGACUUUACUUUGCCUAGGCCUUAUACCUGAGUAACUAUUUACCAAUGUAACUAUCUUGUACUUACUAACAGGCUAGUAAGUACUAGUAGUUACAUGUAGUUAUGCAGUACUACGUUAUCCUGUUUCCUUUUGAAAAACAGAAUUCGCAAUAGUAAGUAGGCUACUUGCAAACCUGUACUUACAUACAUAUCUAAACGUAUUUCCGUCACAGCUACACUGGAAUAAGGCCAUAAUAGUUAUGUGCUUCUGAAUGCUGAUUAACUUCUAUUUUGUUCCAGAUCCAUACUCUGUUCCAAUAGGCAAGGCAAGGGGGCACUGUAACAGAAACCUAUAAAUUAUACAGAAAUGUGUUGUAUUAUCAGUCACAUUUUUACUGUAAAUUAUGGUGCAGUGGGAAAAUGUUGUGGGUGGGGAAAUAAUUGCUGUAUUUUGAAUGGUACAGUAAUUCUACCCCCCAAAAUACAGUACUGUACCGUAUCUUUGGAAUGCCAAAAACCGCUAGUGUGCUCCCGAGUGGUGCAUCUAAGGCACUGCGUCUCAGUGCUAGAGACUCACUACAGACCCUGGUUUGACUCCAGGCUGUAUCACAACCAGCAGUGAUUGGGAGUCCCAUAGGGCAGCGUCGUCAUUGUAAAUAAGAAUUUGUUCUUAACUGAUUUGCCUAGUUAAAUAAAGGUUAAAUAAAUACAAAAUAGUGGGUGCAUGGUAUUGCUGUUUCUUGGGUAUUAACAUGUUUUGAGGCGUGCCUUGUAAGAUGCUAUAUAUGAUGUACCUGUGAGUGAGAAUGCUGUACCAACUCCUAUGUGGUUAUAGUGACCCAUCAAUUUAAAAUGGAUUGGGGACAGAUUGAAGUGGCAGAAAUUCUUAAACUUUAAAAGGUUUGGUCCCUUUUGCCCUGUAGUAUCUGCAAGUUUGGAAGCCUUUGUUAAGGCCACUAGAUGUGCAAGUAAUAUAAAGAACCAAAUAUCAAUAAAUAUGCUGUAAUGUUCGUAAAAACUUUACCAAGCAGCCAACCUGCUUGCACCAAUUCAUGUACAAUACAAAGUACUCCCUCAAUUAAUUAAAUUCAUUCAUUCAUCUAUUCAUUUUUUACAAUAUAAUACAGUACAUUUUCUGGUAUUACUGUGUGUCAUUACAUAGUACUUCCUUUUAAACCAUAUUUAUAUUGCAGAAGGUGUAAUGUAAUAUGAAAUAAUGAACUUUACUUGCCACAAGCUGCUUGUAAACUACUGUCAAUUUCACAGUAACAUCUUUACAGUGUUACUAAGGGUACAUUGUUUUCAAAUGUAGCCUGUGUCUGUGAAUUGCUGUAACAUAAAGUACCAGUCAAAAGUUUGGACACACCUACUUAAUUCAGGGUUUUUCUUUAUUUUUUUGACUAUUUACUACAUUGUAGAAUAAUAGUGAAGACAUCAAAACUAUGAAAUAACACAUAUGGAAUCAUGUAGUAACCAAAAAACUGUUAAACAAAUCAAAAUAUAUGUUAUAUUCUUCAAAGUAGCCACCCUUUGCCUUGGAAUUCUCUCAACCAGCUUCAUGAGGUAGUCACCAAUCAGUUGUGUUGUGACAAGGUAGGGUUUGUGUACAGAAGAUUGCCCUAUUUGGCAAAAGACCAAGUCCAUAUUAUGGCAAGAACAGCUCAAAUAAGCAAAGAGAAACAACAAAUGAUGGACUGUCGUUUAUCUUUGCAUAUUUGAGCUGUUCUUGCCAUAAUAUGGACUUGGUAUUUUACAAAAUAGGGCUAUCUUCUCUAUACCACCCCUACCUUGUCACAAUUGAUUGGCUCAAACGCAUUAAGAAGGAAAUGUCACGAUUGUCGUCGGGAGAAGGAGAAGACCAAAGUGCAGCGUGAUACGUAUCCAUAAUACUUUUAAUCUAGAAUGAAUACACAAACAAAACCAACAAAACGAUAAACAAACAGUUCUGACAGGUGCAACAAACACUAACCAGAAAAUAAUCACCCACAACUCAAAAUGGGAAAACAGGCUACCUAAGUAUGGCUCUCAAUCAGAGACAACGAUAGACAGCUGCCUCUGAUUGAGAACCAUACCAGGUCAAACACAUAGAAAACAAAAUCCUAGACCUACAACAUAGAAUACCCACCCACAUCACACCCUGACCAAACUAAAAAUAGAAACAUACAAAGCGGUCAGGGCGUGACAGGAAAUAAGUUGAUUAAGAGAAUGCCAACAGUGUGCAAAGCUGUCAUCAAGGCAAAGGGUGGCUACUUUGAAGAAUCUCCAAUAUAAAAUAUAUUUUUAAUUGUUUAACACUUUUUUGGUUACUACAUGAUUCCAUAUGUGUUAUUUCAUAGUUUUGAUAUCUUUAUUAUUAUGCUACAAUGUAGAAAAUAGUAAAAUUAAGAAAAAUCCUUGAUUGAGUAGGUGUGUCCACAUUUUUGACAGGUAGGGGAAGUAUUCACACCCCUAAAUUUGUAUAUUUGGUCUUGUGUUUUAGAUUAUUGUCCUGCUGAAAGGUAAAUUCAUCUCCCAGUGGCUGGUGAAAACUAGAGUCUACCAAGCGUAGCUCCAUAAUUUCUUCUCCUGAAAAACUCCCCAGUCCUUAACGAUUAUGAGUAUACCCAUAACAUGAUGCAGCCAGCACUACACGUGAAAAUAUGGAGAGUGGUACUCAGUAAUGUGUUGCAUUGGACUUGCCCCAAACAUAACACUGUGUAUUCUGGGCAAAAAGUUAAUUGCUUUGCCAUUUCUUUUGCAGUAUACUUUAGUUCCUUGCUUCAAACAGAAUGCAUGUUUUGGAAUAUUUUUAUUAUGUACAGGCUUCCUUCUUUUCCCUCUGUCAUUUAGGUUAGUAUUGUUGAAUAACUACAAUGUUGAUCCAUCCUCAGUUUUUUCUAUCACAGCCAUUAAGCUCUGUAAUUGUUUUAAAAUCACCAUUGGCCUCUGUGAAAUCCCUGAGCGGUUUCCUUCCUCUCACGCAACUGAGUUCGGAAGGACGCCUGUGUCUUUGUAGUGACUGGGUGUAUUGAUAUACCAUCCAAAAUGUAAAUAAUAACUUUGCCAUGCUCAAAGGAGUAUUCAAUGUCUGCUUUCUUUUUACCCAUUUACGAAUAGAUGCCCCUCUUUGCGAGGCAUUGGAAAACC